AUGCACACAAUUCAUACUAGCUUAUUUAUAUAGUGCCAAAUUAAAACAACUGUUACAAAUAGGGUGUCACCAUCUGUCCAAAUUCAUUUCAAAAGUUAUUUCAUUUCAAUCCAGUCCAGUCGUACAGUCACAUUACUCUAAUUUUAUCAUAAUCAUAAUAUACAACAUAAAUCAUCAUACAUGUUGUACAUAUGAUAUACAACCCACGUCAUGAGCAAAACAUGUGGCAGUGAAAACAAGUCUAUCAUUUUUUCCUGCUCCAGCAGAACCAGUCUCAGCAUCAACACACAUCUGCCAUGUUCAAUUGAGGAUCAAGAGGGACCAAAAGCAGCAGAGACUUGGUCCAGGACUGCAGACAUAAUUUUAACAAUAUGUUAAGUAGUGGCUCUGUCUAAAAAAAGAUGGCUGCUUAUAUGGCUGCAGUGUUUCAUGCAGCCAUCUGAGACAAGAUGCUUAUGUUGAUGGGAUUUAAUGGAUACGUCCUAGACCAACCGCAUGUUCAAGGUUCUUUGUAUUAACACUGGAAGCCAACUUAAUGCUAUCCAAAGUAUGUGCCUGGCUAAGCAGUUUGUUCUUCAGAGGAUCGUUUCCAAAUACAACAACCUCUGUUUUCUGAAUAUAAAACCAGAAAAUCUGAGGUAAUUCAACCUUUUAUUUCUUCAGGACAUGCCUGUCGUCUAAUAACAAGAUUGGGUGAAUAUAACUGAAUAUCGUCACCAUAGCAGUUGAAUUCAAUCCAUCCAACCAUCCAUCCAUGUCUUCUGAAGUUGAAGACAUGGAUGAACAUAUCUGAAGUUGCAGAUAUGUACAACCUCAGUUGCAGGGGCAACAGGUCAAUGAGGAAAAUUCAGACAUCGCCUCACUUGUGACACUGUCCAGCUCAUUCUGCGAGGGGGUAUAUGAUAUAUAGAUUUAGAAUGCAUAUGUUUUUUUAUCCUGGUAAAAUAAAGGUUAAAUAAAAAAAUUAAUAAAGAAAAAGAGAAUAAAGAGAACGAGUUGAAGCACUAACCCCUGUGGUACACCAGCACUAACUCUGGCACUUAAAGAAGAUUUUCAAAUAUGUCAGAGCAGUAUGGCCUAAACCAGCCUAUUGCUGUUCCAUUGAUCACUAACACAUGUAAACCUCUGCAAGACAAUUUUGUGAUCAUCUUUAUGACAUGCAUUACUCAGAUCUAACAGAACAAGUCAGAUCUAUUACACAAAUAACAGGAUACACAAAUGAACAGAACUGUGCAGUCCAAACUGUGAAAUAUACAUUCAAUUUUUGAACGAUAAAGGAGGUAAGGGAAAUUAAGCUGAAUGAUUUUGGAUGGGUUAUGACAAAUGCAAAAAAAAACAAAAAAACAAAGAAAAGCUGGAUCGAUGCAAUAGUGCUGAGUGAGAUUUAUCUGUGUUGAUGCACUUGGCUGGCGGUCAGUACAUUUGCUCCUGUAGGAUCAUGAUCGGGAUGGCAGCCUGGGCAAACCUGACCAGCAGUUGCCACAGUGCCAGGGACAGAGGGCAAAGCUAUUGAGAUGCAAUGUGAUGGACACAAUGGGUGCGACAGACUUGCUGUAUCAACAGGCUUUUUGCUGCUGUGGCCAGAAAUAAACCAUAAAUACCCCCACUGGCAUCCACCGACCGCUCGCCAGGCCUCCACAACCACACACACCCUCAAACUGAGACAGGCAGGAGGCAAAAAGACGAGACAAAAGGAAAGACGGAGAGCGUGGCUUGUUCGGGGUGCAGUAAAGCACAAGCCAUCCAGAGAAAACAUGACAGAACAGCAGGGAACCCCAGACCAGCUGCCUGCAGAGAAGGGCCAAGGAGGUGCUGGAGCCACAUAUAAGUUGGCUGUAUUUGAGUUUGAGAACUUUCGUGGGAAAAAGGUGGAGUUGUCCGGCGAGUGUAAAGACGUGUUGGAAAAGACCCCAAGAGUUGGCUCGGUCAUUGUGGAGUCAGGACCAUGGGUAGGGUUUGAAUGCCUGGGUUUUGGUGGGGAGCAGUUUGUCCUCGAGAAAGGAGAGUAUCCUCGGUGGAGCACCUGGACCAGUUGCCAGAGUAGCUACAUCCUGAGCUCCUUCAAGCCUCUUAAAGUGGAAAGUGGAGAUCACAAGUUGCACCUGUUUGAGAAUGCAGGAUUUGAAGGACGAAAGAUGGAGAUUGUUGAUGAUGACGUACCCAGCCUUUGGGUUCAUGGCUUCCAAGACCGUGUGGCUAGUGCUAAGGCUAUUUCUGGAACGUGGGUGGGAUACACAUAUCCAGGCUACAGAGGGCGCCAGUACGUUUUUGAACAUGGAGACUUCAAGCACUGGAAUGCUUGGGGAGCCACUGCACCUCAGAUCCAGUCCGUCCGACGUGUGCGGGACAUGCAGUGGCAUAAGAGAGGGUGUUAUAUUCCACCGGCCCCAGCCCCUGCCCCUGGUCCUGCUCCUGCCCCAGCUCCCGACCCUUCCCCUGCACCGCCCAACCCAAAUCCCAGCCCUAAUCCCCAACCCACUCCCAAACCCCAAACUCAACCCCAGCCUUAACAGCACACCACUGACAACACCCACACUGACUGAGGGAAGCUGAAUGCAGCUGACCAAUCCCCAGUUUCUCCUUCAUGCUCCUUUUUGGGUGAGGCUUCCUGACCAUGCAGUUUUGGAAAACUGGAACUGGUAAUAUUGAAACAUGUAUCUCUGCUGGAAAUAAAGGCUUUGGCCCUGACUUUUGGCUAUAUGCA